AUCGAUAUCUACCUGCAGCGGCCAUCAGAGUUGUCCCCAAGUCACGGAGAUCGCACCACUUUCAUCGGCAACAAUGGGAGGCGCUCCCAUCGCGCGACCAAUCGCAGCGCUCGUCUCAUCGACUGCCGCGGUCUGUCAAGUCAUCUCGAGCAAAGGCCUGCCCGACCAGCGUGCAAGUACUCGAUACCACAUAGAAUAAAAUUGACUUCGCCAUUUUAAAGUAAUUUCGCGAUAAUUAUUGAUUGUCACUACACGCUGCGUUGACAGAUCUACACUUUCUAUUAGCGAUGGUCUCAAGUUGGUGUUUUGUUUAGUUUUUCCUGCUUUUUUCUGCUCCGGCGCCAAGUUUUUUGGUUUUCUUUCUUGUUUUCCAUACUUGGAGAUUUAUAAAAGAGACGGAGCUACCGAUGCGUGUUGUUUUUGUAUCUAUCUAUCUGUGAUGGUUAUCCGUGGAUUAGCGAUUUGUGUAGCAUCAUGUAAGUGGAUUACCGAAAUCUGGAUUACCGGCGAGUGAGCACGGCGAGCGGCCACCGCGGCCCCAUGUAUGACGCCAGCGACGAGUGGGAAGAGGAAUGGGGACCUCACUACGGAGACGAAGUCGCCCCCGGGCUCCACUACAAGGCCCACAACAUGAUCGGGGCCACAGGGAGCAGACAUGUGUCCCAGCGGCGACGAGCGUCCAUCGUUUCCGGGUCGACUCCCUACCCCUCCCUGAUUGGCCACCUGGAGCAGGUGUCAGAGGAAGGGGAAGGGCCGAUUAUCCGGGUGGCUCGCAGGCGGGCGGUGGAUACGUCUGACCUCCGGACAUGCGCACUCCUGCAAGGCAAACUCAAGGAGAUGAAGACGUACCCAGAAAUGGCUACGUUUCAGGCGGACAGUCGCGACACGGAUGGGGACUACUCGGGGGACGGGUCAAUGAGACACCUGUCCCGCCGGGCUGCGAACCUCAGUCUUCCAGGCAUGGGAAUUACCGCCAACAGGUCCCUCUUCAUCUUUAGUGAGGACAACUUCAUCCGCAAGUAUGCAAAGAUCAUCAUAGAAUGGGGAUAUCCUUUUUCAAAUGCAUGGCUUUUGUUGAUACUUUUUUUUUUCUUCUUCAAGCAACGUGGGUAA